AUGUUCCCCAAAACACAAACCUGUCAGGCCAGCGAUGGCACAGAGGCUGAAGUACCAACCAUCCACUACCUCCCCACCUUGCAGUAUAUUAUCUCCUGGACAAACAUCACCAACGCCUUCCCCAACGCAUACCUCGUCAAGCACGGCGACACAAUCCUACCCUUCCUCUCUGACAAAGACAAGACACGAGAACUUCUGAGGAAGGCUUGCCAAGUGAGUGACUACCGUCUGGCAAAGGCACUCAGCAUCUCCGGCACUCUCUCUUACUACCCACCAAUCAAGAGUAACACGCACACAUACCAACUCCAAGACGCCUCCAACCCACGUCCCUUCAUCGUCCUCUCGACAAGAGAUGGCAGCACGAAUGAACUUCUGGAUCAGUUCCGACUCUACUACCUCUAUUGUCGACUUGCCGGCGUUUUUUUGGAAAAGUACGGUGUUUACAUGUUGGCGUUGCUCCAGAUGGUCAAGUUUGGCGUAUCUGCAGGUGGGGUGGUUGUUCCACGGUUGUUGCAGUUCAGAGCGAUUCAAGAAGGAGGGCAUGAGGAGGAGGAGAGUUUUGAAGAGAGGGUUGAUUUUGCCAUCAGCCGCAUGCACAAGGUGCAACAGGAACAGCAGCAGAGGCAGGAUUUCGACUCUGCACGGGCCAUGACCUUCUCGUUGACAUCUCUUCAGUGGGAGAUGAUUGAUGAGUUGGGCUCAUUCCUUGAGGACCACGAUUAUGACGGUGCCGACAGCAACUCUUCAAGCACACCGGGAGACCUGUACAAGGCCACAUCCGCGAAGGAGGGUCAUGUCCGAUGGAUGUGUUCUAUACACUACAACGAGUUGUACCCAGAAGUAACACGACGACCUGUCCUCGAGGCGAUCCAGGACAACAACGGAAGCUUCAACGAGCGCAAGGGGACUGCCAAAGUCAGGAUUGCGAACGCAGCCCGUGGGGCGGAUUUCUGCUGGGCUCUUUUGUCCACACCGUUCCUACAACACAUCUAUAUCUUUUUGAACUGGAUUGCCACAGCCGCAGACCUCAAGGAGCUCGUUUUUGCUAUUCUGCAAUCCAAUCUCCAACAAAUCGAACUCAGUGUGCAAGCCGACAGUUCUGCAACAUUGCAAGGGCAACCAACGCUUCACAAUCGGACCCAGACAAUACAGCAGAAACUGGAUCUGAACACGCCUUCUGCUUCCCGCUUCUUGAGCUGGUGCGUCAACCUCGAGACUCUGACUGUCACCACUCUUCAGUCGAUGUAUAUUCCAGCUAUGAAGACAUAUGAUCAACUCAGGGGCCUGAAGGUCGAAUAUAUCCCCAGUGAACAGCUGUCACUCCUCGUAAUGGCCCUCACCAAUAGUCCGCCCAGUAUCGACACCUUCCACCGAGGACUUGCAAACGGCUCGAUAUGGAGACCUGUGGAAUUGGCAUUGGCAUCCGUGCUUUCAGCAGGUCGAGCGAGACGGCGAUUGCUCAACCUCUGCCCUCUCGGAAAGGCUCGGCAGACACUCUGGCCAAGUAUUGUUCAUUGCUAG